AGAGCUUUGGGAAAAGGCGCCGGGAGGGAGCGCAGCGUAGCCAGAGAAAGUUCGGCUCCCGCAUUUACCGUAUUUAUUCAUUUAUUUCUUGGAUGCUCGCAAUGUGCGCUGCGGUUCCUCUCUGAAUCAGGAGCCCCCUCCUCUUUCUCCUUUUAGCUUGCGUCCCAGCGCCCGCCGCCCGCUCCCCAGAGAAGAUGGCGAGGUGGGGAGCUGGGCACAGCCGAGGGGACGCGUCUCUCUGCGCGCUGUCCCUGCUGUUGCCUCUGCUGCUGUUUCUCCGUGGUGGGGCUGGGGCGCCCGAGACCGGUGGCGAAAGUAGAAGCAGCUGGGGUAAUGGGGCCAAUGGAGGCUUCAGCCUACACCCACCCUACUUCAACCUGGCUGAGGGCACCCGCAUCUCAGCUUCUGCGACUUGCGGUGAGGAGGCGCCGGCCGGAACGCGGGGCCCCCCGAGGCCCACCGAGGACCUUUAUUGCAAGCUAGUAGGGGGGCCAGUGGCUGGCGGCGACCCCAACCAGACAAUUCAGGGUCAAUACUGCGAUAUCUGCACAUCAGCCAACAUCAACAAGGCUCACCCCAUCUCCAAUGCAGUGGAUGGAACAGAACGAUGGUGGCAGAGCCCUCCACUCUCCCGGGGUUUGGAGUAUAGUGAAGUCAAUGUCACCCUCGACCUGGGCCAGCUUUUUCACGUGGCCUAUGUCCUCAUCAAGUUUGCCAACUCCCCACGGCCAGACCUCUGGGUACUCGAGAGAUCCACAGAUUUUGGACUCACCUACCAACCGUGGCAGUACUUUGCCUCAUCCAAGAGGGACUGCAUCGAGAAGUUUGGGCUUCGGACACUGGAGCGGAUCACUCAGGAUGACGAUGUCAUCUGUACCACUGAGUACUCUCGCAUUGUACCCCUCGAAAAUGGAGAGAUCGUGGUGUCUCUGGUGAAUGGGCGGCCGGGGGCCAUGAAUUUCUCAUACUCCCCACUCCUUCGGAAUUUCACCAAGGCCACCAACAUCCGCCUUCGUUUUCUACGCACCAAUACUCUCCUUGGCCACCUGAUGGGGAAAGCGCUGCGAGACCCCACAGUCACUCGCCGGUAUUACUACAGCAUCAAGGACAUCAGCAUUGGCGGGCGUUGUGUCUGCAACGGUCACGCGGACGUCUGCGAUGCCAAAGACCCCACAGACCCCUACAGGCUCCAGUGCGCCUGUCAGCACAACACCUGCGGGGGUGCCUGUGACCGCUGCUGCCCCGGCUUCCACCAGCUGCCCUGGAAACCAGCCACGAUGGACAACGCGAACGAGUGUCAGUCCUGUAACUGUCAUGGGCACGCACAUGACUGCUACUAUGACCCAGAAGUGGAUCGGCACAGAGCUAGCAAGAACCAGGACAACGUCUACGAAGGUGGCGGUGUCUGCAUUGACUGCCAGCACCACACCACCGGCAUCAACUGUGAGCGCUGCGUCCCCGGUUACUAUCGGUCGCCCGAGCACCCCAUCGAUUCUCCCUACGUCUGCUACCGUUGCAACUGUGAGUCAGACUUCACUGAUGGGACGUGCGAGGACCUGACCGGCCGCUGCUACUGCAAACCCAACUACACAGGGGAGCGGUGUGAUGCCUGCGCCAAAGGGUUCGCAGACUUUCCCCACUGCUAUCCUGUACCCUCAUUCUCCCACAAUGAUACUGGGGAACAGGUGCUUCCAGCUGGGCAGAUCGUGAACUGUGACUGCAGUGCCGCCGGGACCCUGGGAAACGCCUGCCGCAAAGACCCGCACAUUGGCCAGUGCGUGUGCAAGCCCAACUUCCAGGGUGUGCACUGCGAACAGUGUGCCCCAGGCUUCUUUGGGCCAGGCUGCCUGCCCUGCCAGUGCUCUGGGCCUGGCCAGACUGGCAGCAGCUGUGACAACGAGACAGGACAGUGUGUGUGCCGUACUGGCUUCGAAGGCCCCGCCUGUGACCGCUGUGCCCCCGGCUACUUCAGCUACCCCCUCUGCCAACUGUGCGGCUGCAGCCCUGCGGGGACUCUGCCGGAGGCCUGUGACGAGUCUGGGAGGUGCUUCUGCCGCCCCGAGUUUGAUGGGCCGCACUGUGACCGCUGCCAAGCUGGCUACCACUCGUACCCCCACUGCCGAGUUUGCUCCUGUGACUCUCGCGGCUCCUUGGACCAGCUGUGCAGCGGGGCUGGAAUGUGUCACUGUCGGCCGGGCUAUGCCGGGUCUGCUUGCCAGGAAUGUGCCCCUGGCUAUUAUGGAUUCCCCAACUGUGUUGCUUGUCAGUGCUCUGAAGCUGGGUCCCUCCACAUCACCUGUGAGCCUGAGACUGGGCAGUGCAACUGCCGGCCACGAGUGACUGGUCUGCAUUGUGACACGUGUGUACCAGGGACUUACGGGUUCCCCCACUGUGAAGUUGGCUCCUGCGACCCAGCCGGUCAGGUCUCAGUCAGCUCCUCAUCCUCUGAGGGUUCCUGUGAGUGUCGGGCUCAUGUGGAGGGUCCCAGGUGUGACAGGUGCAAGCCUCUCUAUUGGAAUCUGAGCCCAGCUAACUCCUAUGGCUGCAGCAGCUGUAGCUGUGAUCCUCGAGGUACCAUCAGUGGAGUGGCUGAAUGUCAGCAGGGCAACGGACAGUGCUUCUGCAAACCCAAUGUCUGUGGUCAGAAGUGUACCUCCUGCAAGGACGGCUACUUCAGACUGGACCAAACAAACUACUUCGGUUGUAAGACCUGUCAGUGUGACAUUGGGGGAGCCCUGGCCCAGGGUUGUGAGCCAAGGAUGGGGACCUGUCAAUGCCGGCCCAACACACAGGGGCCCACAUGCAAUGAGCCUGCAAGAGACCAUUACCUCCCAGAUCUGCACCACAUCAGGUUUGAGCUGGAGGAGGGCUCCACACCUGAUGGCCGGCCCGUGCGUUUUGGCUACAAUCCCUUGGAGUUUGAGAAUUUUAGCUGGAGGGGCUAUGCCCAGAUGACUCCCGUUCAACCCAAAGUAGUGGUGAAACUCAAUGUGACGUCGCCUGACCUAUUCCAUCUUGUCUUCCGCUAUGUCAACCGGGGGUCCACAAGUGUGAACGGGAAGGUUUCAGUCCUUGAGGAAGGGAAAUUUAACACUUGCAGCAACUGCACAGAGCAGACCCACCAGGUCGUAUUUGCACCCAGCACGGAGCCUGUGUUUCUUACUGUGCCCCAGAGCAGCUAUGGGGAGCCCUUCGUCCUGAACCCCAGUAUCUGGUCCCUGGUAAUUGAGGCUGAAGGUGUCCUGCUGGACUAUGUGGUCUUGCUUCCCAGUGCAUACUAUGAAGCCCCCAUACUGCAGGUGAAGGUGACUGAGGCCUGUACCUACAGCCCCAAACCUGAGCAAGUCAGGAGCAAUUGCCUCCUGUACACCUAUCUCCCACUAGACGGCUUCCCCUUUGCUGGAGGGACCGAUGCCGUCUGCCGUCUGGACAAUAGUCUACCCAAGGUCUGCCAGAUGGAGCAGCCUAGUUCCUCUCACCCACUGCUGGCCACUUGCUGGGGCAACGACGUGGAUGUCCAAGUGCAAAUUGUCGUGCCCCAGCCUGGCCAGUAUGCCCUUGUAGUGGAGUACGCCAAUGAGAAGGAUCUUCAGGGUUUGAGCGUGGCUGUGCACACUCCCCAGUGGACCCCCCAACAAGGACUGCUCACCCUCUACCCCUGCCAGUACAGUUUUCUGUGCCGAGGUACUGCCUUAGAUUCCCAGAAUCGCCUCUUGGCUUUUGAAGUCACUGGCGAGGCUAGCAUCCGGCUCACGGCAGAACACGCACAAUUCUUACUGUAUCGCAUUUACUUGGUCCCCAUGAGUAAGUUCACCACAGAGUUUGUGGAACCCAAAGUUCACUGCAUCAGUAGCCACGGGACCUUUGGACUGAGCAGUGGUUCCUGCCUCCCUUCGCGCUUCCAGAAGCUGUCCCAGCCCAUCGUAUUAACAGAGUGCAAGGUCCUGCCCGUGCCGCCCGACUUCCCCUUGAGCCACAUGCACGCAGUCACUCCUGCCGGACCCCCGCUGAGUCCUCAGCCUCACCCACCCACAGCUGCGGACCCCACCAUUGAGCCCACCCUCUUGCAGUCUCCGCAGAGCACUGUCGUGUUUAGCACUCACAUCCCGACCCUGGGGCGUUACGCCUUCCUGCUCCAUAGUUACCAACCCAACCUCCCCACUUUCCCUGUGGAAGUGCUCAUCAAUGGAGGCCGGGUCUGGCACGGCCAGGCCAACGCCACCUUCUGCCCCCACGCUUACGGCUGCCGCAGCCUGGUUGUGUGCGAGGGUCAGGUCGUCCUGGACGUGACGGACAACGAGCUGACCGUGACGGUCCGUGUGCCUGAGGGUCAGCAGCUGUGGCUGGACUAUGUGCUCGUUGUCCCUGAGGAUGGCUACAGCUCCAACUACCUCCGAGAGGAACCUCUGGACAAAUCCUAUGAUUUUAUCAGUCUUUGUGCAGCCAAUGGCUUUUACAUCAGCCCUGCCAGCUCACCUCCCUUCUGCCGGGACGCCGCCAUCUCCCUGUCCCUCUUCUACAACAACGGGGCCCAGCCCUGCCGUUGCCACGAAGUGGGAGCCACCGGCCCCACCUGCGAGCCCUUCGGGGGCCAGUGCCCCUGUCGAGCCCACGUCAUCGGCCGCGACUGCUCCCGCUGCGCCACCGGUUACUGGGGCUUCCCGAACUGCAGGCCCUGUGACUGCGGGAGCCGCCUCUGCGACGAAGCCUCCGGCCGGUGCAUCUGCCCGCCCCGCACCAUCCCGCCCGACUGCGUGGUCUGCCAGGCCCAGACGUUCGGCUGCCACCCCCUGGUGGGCUGUGAGGACUGCAACUGCUCGCGCCCCGGCGUCAAGGACUUCUCGGACCCCGGCUGCGACCUGGACAGCGGGCAGUGCAGGUGCAAGCCCAACGUCGUCGGCCGCCGCUGUGACACGUGCGCCCCUGGCUUCUAUGGCUAUCCCAGCUGCCGGCGGUGCCAGUGCCACGAGGCGGGCACAGUGGCCGGAGUCUGUGACCCUGUCACCGGCCAGUGCCAUUGUAAGGACAACGUGGAGGGUGGACGCUGUGACCAGUGCCGCCUGGGCACCUUUUCCCUGGAUGCUUCCAACCCCAAGGGCUGCACUCGCUGUUUUUGCUUUGGGGCCACUGACCGGUGCCGGAGCUCCCAGCAAGUCCGUGGGGAGUACAUAGACAUGCGAGGGUGGGUGCUGGUGAGUGGGGAGCGGCAGCAGGUGCCAACUUCGCUUCGCGCGGAUGCUGGGCUGGUCCACGCUGACCUGCGCAAUGUUCCCGAGGCGUUUCAGGACCUUUACUGGCAGGCGCCUGCCUCCUACCUGGGGGACCGGGUGUCUUCUUAUGGGGGGAGCCUGCGCUACGAGCUGCAUUCGGAGACCCAGCGUGGGGAUGUCUUUGUCCCCACUGAGAGCCGGCCAGACGUGAUCCUGAAGGGAAACCAGAUGAGUAUCACUUUCCUAGAGAGUUCCUACCCGUCUCCUGGGGACAUUCAUCGAGGAAAGGUGGAUCUGGUGGAGGGCAACUUCCGCCACACAGAGACUCACAACCCCGUCUCCCGGGAGGAGCUCAUGAUGGUGCUGGCUGGCCUGGAGCAGCUGCAGAUCCGUGCCCUCUUCUCUCAGAUCUCCUCGGCCGUCUCCCUUCAGAGGGUGGUGCUGGAGGUGGUGAUGGACGGCCCUGGGGGAGUCCAGGCCAGCAAUGUGGAGGUCUGCAUGUGUCCCGCCAACUACCGCGGGGACUCCUGCCAGGAAUGUGCUCCUGGCUAUUACCGAGACACCAAGGGCCACUUCCUGGGCAAAUGCAUUCCCUGUCACUGCAACGGGCACUCAGACCGAUGCCUCCCGGGCUCAGGCAUCUGUGUGGGGUGCCAACACAACACUGAGGGUGACCACUGUGAACGGUGCAAAGAUGGCUUUGUGAGCAAUGCAACUCAAGAUCAAUCAUCUUCCUUCUGCAUCAGUUGCCCCUGCCCUCUCUCUGUGCCUUCCAACAACUUUGCAGUUGGAUGUGUCCAUAAGGGUGGAGUUACUCAGUGUCUCUGCCAGCCUGGGUACGCUGGAGCUUCUUGUGAACGAUGUGCUCCUGGAUACUAUGGCAACCCCUUGGUGAUCGGCAGUUCCUGCCAGCCUUGUGACUGCAGUGGGAACGGUGACCCUAACAUGCUGUUCAGUCACUGUGAUCCACUGACCGGGGUGUGCUUGGGCUGCAUGUACCACACAGCUGGCCCCCACUGUGAGAGCUGUGCUCCUGGUUACUAUGGCAAUGCUCUGCUCCCCAAGAACUGUACAAAGUGUGACUGCUCACCCUGUGGGACCGAGGUGUGCGAUGCUAGAACGGGGCAGUGUCGGUGCAAGGCCGGGGUGACUGGUCAGCGUUGUGAUCGCUGUCAGGAUGGGCACUAUGGCUUUGACAGUUGUGGAGGUUGCCGGCCCUGUAACUGUGGUCUGGGUGCAGUUGGGUCCAGCUGCCACUCCCAGAGUGGGCAGUGCCAUUGCCGGGCAGGAGUCAGUGGAACACAGUGCCAGCAGUGUGCCCCUGGCUACUGGGGCUUCAAUGAGCAUGGCUGUGCCCGCUGCCAGUGCCGGGGAGGCCACUGUGAUCCCCGCACGGGCGAGUGCACCUGCCCCCCUGGCCUAAGUGGGAAACAGUGCGACUCCUGCAGCCACCGGCAUCAAGUUCCUGUGACCCACAGCCCUGGGGGCGUCCACUGUGAAGUGUGUGACAGCUGUGUGGUGCUGCUGCUGGAUGACCUGGAGCGGAUGGAGUCCCUCUUCCCCACCAUCCGCCAGCAGCUUAGCAGCCUCAAUGCCAGCUCUGUGGCCUGGGCCCGACUGCACGAGAUCAACAGCUCCAUUGCUGCCCUGGCGAAUCAGCUCCGGGGCCUGCAGGGGUCUCGGGAGCCAACGAGACAGAGGCUAGACGAGCUGGAGCAUCAGAGUGGAGUUCUGGAGGAAGAGACCAACACGCUUCACAGCAGGGUGUCAGAGGUUCGAGCCCAGGCAAGUCAGCUACAGGAGAGCUCUGGGGACAACCUGCAGCGGGCAGAGACCUUGCUCCAGAGCCUCCAGAACCUGGAUCGUGCUCUAGGGGAGCUGAAAUCUCAGAUGGAUAGACUCUCCCCAUCUAACACCAGCACAGCCUCUGGUGAAGAGUUCCUUCAGACACUGGCCGAAGUGGAGCGGAUGCUACAGGAGAUGCGAGACAGGGAUUUUGGGGGGCCACGGAAUGUGGCUGAAGGGGAGCUGGGAGAAGCACAGAGAUUACUAAACCGAGUGCAAAGUCAACUAACCAGCCGAUGGGAAGAAAGUCAGGCAUUGGCAUCAAGUAUCCGGGAGCGGUUGGCUCAGCACAGUUCACAGCUCAUGGAUCUCCGGGAUGCCUUGAAUGAGGCUGUCAAUAAGACUCGUCUCACUGAAGAGCUCAACAGUCGUAACCAAGAACACCUGGAAGAGAGGCUGCAAAAGAAAAAGGAGUUGGAAAGAGAGAAUGCAACGCUGAGGGAUACUCUGCGCAUGGCUGAGGAUGCCUUAGCUCAAAUUUCUGAACUUUUGCAGACCAUGGACAGGGCCAAAGAGGAGUACGAGCGUCUGGCUGCCAACCUGGAUGGUGCCCGAACCCCCCUGAUGGAGAAGAUGCAGAAGUUCUCUCCUGCAAGCAGCAAGAUUCCUCUUGUGGAGCGGGCCGAGGAGCAUGCCCGAGAGCUCGACCAGCUGGCGUAUAACCUCUCCAGCAUCAUUCGCAGCACAAACCAGGACCGGUUCAUUCAGCGAGCAAUUGAAGCCUCCAAUGCUUAUGGCAGCAUCCUCCAGGCGGUGAGGCAGGCUGAGGAGGCCGCCAGCCAGGCCCUGCACAAUGCAACCAGUACUUGGGAGAUGGUUGUUCAGGAAGGCCUGAGUGCCCGCGCCCGGGAACUCUGGGAGAACAGCAGCAUCCUGGAAGAAGCUGUCCGUGACCAACAGAGGAGAUUGAAUGGAGCCAUUAGAGAAACCUUGCAAGCCUCUCAGACUCAAUUGGAAGAAGCCAAAGCUAAGAAGGAUCGUCUAGUAGCCCAGCUGAAGGGUGUGCAGAGCAUGCUAGCCAUGGACAGAGAUGAUACAAGUGAGAAAAUCGCCCGGGCCAAGGCAGUGGCCAUGGAAGCCAAUGACACAGCCACACAGGUGGGGGCCACAUUGAGGGACAUGCAGAAGAACCUGCAUCAAUGGCAGGGACAGUACGGGGACCUGAGAAGCCAAGACCUGGCCCAGGCUAUGGAAGAUGCUGGGAAAUCAGUGUCCAGUCUGGAGAAGACCCUGCCUCAACUACUGGCCAAGCUAAGCCAGCUGGAGAACAAGAGAGGCCAGAACGCUAGCCUGGCCCUCUCCAACAGCAUCUUGCGGGUGCGGGAGCUCAUCACCCAGGCCCGCAGUGCUGCGAGCAAGGUGAAAGUGCCCAUGAAAUUCAACGGCCGCUCGGGAGUGCAGCUGCGGCCACCCCGGGACCUGCAGGACCUGGCUGCGUACACAGCGCUCAAGUUCUACAUCCAGAGCUCAGAGCCUCCUCAGCAGCAGGGCCACAAUGGCGACAGCCAGUUUAUCCUCUAUAUGGGCAGUCGCGAGGCUUCUGGGGACUACAUGGGGGUGAUCCUGCAUGAGCAUAAGGUGCAGUGGGUUUACCGGCUCGGGGAGGCAGCCCACAGGACCCUGACCAUCGAUGAGGACAUCGGAGAGCACUUUGCUACUGUCAGCAUUGACAGGAUCCUUCAGUAUGGUCACAUGUCUGUCACAAUGGAGAAGCAGAUGGUACAUGAGACCAAGGGAGAUAGUGUGUAUCCUGGGGAUCAAGGUCUACUCAAUUUCAAAACCCAAGACUUUGUCUUCUAUGUGGGAGGCUACCCUUCUAACUUCACACCUCCCAGGCCUUUGCGUUACCCUGGUUACCGGGGCUGCAUUGAGAUGGACACUCUGAACGAGGAGGUUGUCAGUCUUUACAACUUCCAGAAGACUUUCCAUCUGGAUACGGCUGUGGACAAACCCUGUGCCAGAUCGAAGUCCACGGGAGACCCUUGGCUGACAGAUGGCUCCUACCUGGAUGGCACAGGCUUUGCACAUAUCAAUUUUGAGAGUCAGCUCAUCAGCACCAAGCGCUUUGAGCAGGAGCUGAGACUGGUCUCCUAUAAUGGUAUCAUUUUCUUCCUUCAGUACCAGGACCAGUUCCUAUGUCUGGCUGUCCAGGAAGGACACCUCAUCCUCUACUAUGAUUUCAGCCAUGGGCUGAAGGUUGCCACCCCGCAACAGGAGCUGACACCCCUUACCUCGUCCAACAAAGCGAUCCAGAUCUUCAUCAUGGGUGUGACUGGCCGAAAGCGGAUUCUGGUCCGAGUGGAGCGAGUAUCUGUCUUCAGCUUGCAGGAGGAUAAUUUGCUGGAGAAUGCCGACUCCUAUUACCUGGGAGGAGUUCCUCUGGCCCAGCUUCCCCCAAGCCUCAGGUCCUUCUUCCCUACUGGGGGGUCAAUCCGAGGCUGUGUGAAGGGCCUGAAAGCCCUUGGCAAAUAUGUGGACCUGAAGAGACUGAAUACAACGGGCAUCAGCUCAGGCUGCACUUCUGACCUCCUGAUUACACGGUCCAUGACCUUCCACGGGCAUGGGUACCUGACCUUGGCCCUCAGAGAUGUGCCCCCUCUUACUGGAAACUUCUACACGGGCUUUGGCUUCCGUUCCAUACAGGACAGCAGUCUUCUCUACUAUUACGCCUCCCCGGAGGGCAUUUUCCAGGUGUUCCUGAGACAGGGUCGUGUGACGCUCAAUCUUCUUCGGACGGAGGUCAUGACGAAAGAUGCUUAUGCUGACGGGGUCUCGCACUAUGUUGCAGUCUACAGUAACAGCACAGGUGUCUGGCUGUAUGUGGAUGACCACUUCCAAGGCUCAGAGCCUCCACAGGGUCGAUCUCCUCAUCAGGCCCCAGCCGAGGGCCCUCCUCGCUUCCUCCUGGGGGGGCUGCCUGAGUCUGGUGCCUUCCAAAAACUGACUGGCUGUAUCAGCAACGUCUUUGUCCGGCGGGUAUCCGAGGCCCAGCAUGUUGUCGACCUGCAGCAGAACAUCCAGAAUAUCAAUGUGACCACGGGCUGCACUCCUCCGGAUGAGCCUCUCCAGCUCAGGGUCCCCCCAAGGAAGUUCCGAAGGAAACCCAAGGCUGCUCUCCAUGACCAGGGGAUGCCCCCAGACUUUGCCUGCCAAUUCCCCACCAAUCACCAAACCAUCAGCCACGCCUACCAAUUUGGGGCUUCUCCUGCCAGCCGCCUGGAGUUUGCUCCCCUCCCAUUCUCUUUCCAGGAUCGGACUCACUUCUCUAUGGACGUCCAGCUUCGCUCACUCCGUGGGCUGCUUCUGGCUGUGCCCGCCGCCAAGUCGGGAAGUCCCUUCCUGGCCCUCUUCCUCAGUCAUGGCCACUUCAUCCUCCAGGCUGGAGGCCACGGGAAACCUUUUAGAGUCCGCAGCCGCGAGCAGUACAAGCCAGGAGAUUGGCACACGGUCUUUUUCAGCCGAGAGCAGAAUCGAAUUCAGCUGGUGAUCAAUGGUCUUCGGGCUCAGAGCAGUGAGAGGUCUGGUGCCCACAGGAAGGCCCUGCUAGGCCACGGACCUGUCUACGUGGGCGGCCUCCCCUCUGGCCCCAGCUGGACUCAUCUCCCAGAAGCAGCUGGCACUGGCUUUAAAGGCUGUGUGAGGAACCUGAAGAUGAAUGGGCAGCCUCUGGAGACUCCCACGCAGCUCCAUGGAGUGGUACCGUGCUAUACCGGGACCCUGGAGAAAGGGCUGUUCUUUGCUGCACAGGGCGGAAGUGUCAUAUUAGAGCACCCCACGACCUGGGGGCCAGACCUGGAGCUGGUGUUAGAAGUGCGUCCGAGGGCAGCAGCGGGACUUCUCUUUCACCUAGGGUCCAGGCAGGGACCACCCUAUAUCAGACUUGAAGCGGAUGGAGACAAGGUGCUUGUCAGAGCCGACAGCGGAGCCGGGGAGUUCUCCACGUCAGUGACACGGCCUCCUCUCUGUGACGGACUGUGGCACCGGAUCUCAGUGAUUAAAGGAAGAAGCAUGCUCCGGCUUGAUGUGGAUACCAAAGGCAAUUACACAGUGGCUCCUGCCUCAGUUCCUUCCAUUAUCACCAAAGAACCUCUUUAUUUGGGAGGCCUGCCAGAGACUUCGAAGAGCACGGUUUCACCAUCAUCUCUACCUGGUUACUAUGGCUGUAUAAGGAAUCUUGUGGCAAACCGUCGUCCAGUUGACUUGACACGCACUGGCAUCAUACAAGGGUCAGUGGGUGCAAAUGGCUGCCCAGUCAUGUAAAUAAAUGGCCCAGACACAUAGGAGAUUUAAAGCUGCCCUGCUGCAUAUAGCCCCUCUGUCAAGUUUGUAAGAAUUGGCAAACUCUGCACUCCGUCAUCUUUUCAGUAUUUUUCACCCAAAGUCAGGAAAUUCGGAUUAAUUGACUUAAGCGUUAGACACUUUAUAACUCAUCAUAUACAAUAAAAUAAAUUUAAUAUCAUCUUCUGAAAAUGAAAACUCAAAAGUGGGGCUAUGCAUUUCUGGGCCUGAGAUGGUGCUAAGAAAAGGUGGUACUCCAGUUGUGCUGCUGGUUUGCCCACCAUUCAUAGGAUCUCAAAGCUGGAAGGAACCUCCAGAGGGAAUCUAGUCCACCCCACACCAAAGCAGGCAUUCCCUCUCUCCCUCUACAACAUCCCUGAGUCCAUCCAUCUAUCCAGCUUCUGAUUAAGAUUCUAGGGAUGGAGAACUCACUACCUCUUGUUCCGUUUUUGAAUAGCUCUACUCUUUAGGAAGAUUUUUCUUAUUAAAUAUAAAUCUCCCUCCCUACAACUUUUAGACACUGACCCUAGUUUUGUUCCCUUGGGGGAAAAAAAAUCAUUUCCCUUCCACACGACAGUUCUUCAGAUACUUGAAGAUAGUGAUCAUGUCCUUGGCACCACUAUAUCUUCUCCAAGUUAAACAUCUCUCAUUUGAUACCCAUAAAUUGCUUAAGAGUUCAUAUAUUUAUUCCGAGUAUAUGCUUCCUGCCUCCUUUUUCCUUUCAGGGUCAUAUUCACUGAUUUUUGUGGUUGUAGUACAGGUCCAAUGAUAACUUUUCUUCUGUCCACCUAGUUCAUUUUGUGCACUUACACAUUUAUGUUUUUUUUAAAUAUACAUAUGCAUAUAUAUAUAUAUUUGUGUGUAUAUAUCUAGAUGGAUGGGGGAUAAAUCUUAUGUCUGGAAAUGAUUUAUAAAUUAUGUUUUUUAUAUGAUUGGGUAAAUAUUAUAAAAUGGGUUAAUCUUUUAUUAUCUUUCAAUGAGUUUCAAUUAUGACCCUUUCCACCUUUUUUCAGUAUAGAAUGAAAGCUUUGUAAAUCACUGGUACAGCCUUUUGAAAGCAAAAAUAAUAAAAAAAAGAAAAAAAAGAAA